AUGCUAGUAGUGGUGGUCGGAGACAUGCUAGUGGUGAUAGUCGAUGGCAUGCUAGUGGUGAUAGUCGAUGGCAUGCUAGUGGUGGUAGUCGAUGGCAUGCUAGUGGUGAUAGUCGACGGCAUGCUAGUGGUGAUAGUCGAUGGCAUGCUAGUGGUGGUAGUCGAUGGCAUGCUAGUGGUGGUAGUCGAUGGCAUGCUAGUGGUGGUAGUCGAUGGCAUGCUAGUGGUGGUAGUCGAUGACAUGCUAGUGGUGGUAGUCGAUGGCAUGCUAGUGUUGGUAGUCGACGACAUGCUAGUAGAAGUAGUCGACGGCAAGGUUAUAGAGGUAGUCGAAGGCAUACUGGUAGUAGUCGAGGCCAUACUAGUAGUAGUCGAGGCCACGCUAGUAGUAGUCGAGUCCAUGCUGGUAGUAGUCGAGGCUAUGCUAGUAGUAGUUGACGGCGUGCUAGUGAUAGUCGAGGCCAUGCUAGUAGUAGUCGAGGCCAUGCUAGUAGUAGUCGAAGGCAUGCUAGUAGUAGUCGAGGCCAUGCUAGUAGUAGUCGAGUCCAUGCUGGUAGUAGUCGAGGCUAUGCUAGUAGUAGUUGACGGCGUGCUAGUGAUAGUCGAGGCCAUGCUGGUAGUAGUCGUCGAGGCCGUGCUAGUGGUAGUCGAGGCCAUGCUAGUAGUAGUUGACGGCGUGCUAGUGAUAGUUGACGGCGUGCUAGUGAUAGUUGACGGCGUGUUAGUGAUAGUCGAGGGCAUGCUAGUAGUAGUCGAGGCCAUGCUACUGGUGGUCGAGGCCAUGCUAGUAGAAGUAUUCGACGGCAUGCUAGUAGUAGUGGAUGGCAUGCUAGUAGUAGUUGACGGCAAGUAA